AUGUCUUCCCCCAAUAAUACCACAAUUCCCUUGGGUACUCCCACUACAAAUAAUGAUGUUAAUAGUAAUGAUAACAAAAAUAAUAAAGACACCCUGAACUCGUCAUCUUCAUCCUCAUCUUCAUCUUCAACUGCAACUGCAACUUCACCAAGAUCAUCAUCCUCGUCGAGAUUUUCAAUUAGAAAUCAUACAACAACCACAACAACAACCUCGUCUUCAUCUUUACCAUUUUCAUCAAGAGGAAUCAAUACUUUACAAAUAAACUCAGCAAGACAGAUGCACGCAAGAACAAUAAGAGCAAGACAACCUCAAACAGCAACAAACAUACAAUCUUCUUUUUCUUCAUCAUCAACAACUUUUCAACCACCAAAACGGUUCUUGCCACCAUCCAAACCUUCUUCUUCUUCUUCUUCUUCUUCUUCUUCAUCUCCUCUUCCUCCUCCUCCUCCUUCUAAACACGUUUGUAAUAAUCCAAACAAUCCAUCAUGUUCAAACUGUGGAUCAAUAAUAAUACCAGCACCUGUAGCAACAUUACCAAUAAUAGAUAACCCAUCCAUGUUAAUAAACAACAAUGAAUGGAAAAUAUCCUCUAAAAAGGGUACCAUCUUAAACGCACAAGAAAUUGACCAUUGGAUAACAAAUGAAUUAUCAUUCGAUACAUUACCUGAAAUGAUAUUUGGUAAUAAUUUCAUUAAAUUGGAAAAUUUAAAACAUAAUUGGUCUUUAUCAUUCAACGCCUUAGAUUCUUUGAAAAUGGUCAAUACAAACACGGAAAUUAAGGAUAUUAUUAAAGUAUCUUAUUCAGAUAAAUGGGUGGAUCAUGUUAAUAGAAAUUCAAUGAAAAAUUUUGAUUGGACUUAUUCAACUAAAUAUAAAGGGACAGAAAUCUUUAAUGGUGAAAAUUUGGAAAAGAAAAAAUUACAAUUGGAUAAUGAUGUACAAUUACCAAUGGAUAAACUUAGUAGGUUGGAUAAAAUAUUGUUUUUCGACGAUAUGAUUUUGUUUGAAGAUGAAUUGGCUGAUAAUGGGAUCUCCGUUUUGAAUGUGAAAAUUAGAGUCAUGGAGGAACGACUAUUGAUCUUAUCACGAUUCUUUUUAAGGGUAGAUAAUGUCAUUUGUAGAAUCUAUGAAACAAGAGUUUAUGUGGAAUUUAAUGACAACUUAAUUAUUAGAGAAUUUAAAGAAUUUCAAGAUGAUUAUAAAAAUAUAUUGGAUAAAGCUAUUCGUCAAUCAAUGAAUAAAAAAUCUACUUAUAAAGAUUCUAAGGCCGCUAUGAGAGAUAGUAAUUGGGUGGUACAAAAUAUGCCCUUAAUUAACAGAGAAUGUGAAUCGUUAAGAUUGUGA